UUCUAAUCCAUCAACAUCAAUAAUAUUAUAAUAACUUUUCAAAAACAUCGAUUUAUCAUCUAAAGUAGUGAUCCCUGUUCUACAAUCAUCACCGCAGAACUGACCAUGUAAGCAGGGUUUCCCGUGAAUUCAAUAAAAGCGGAAGCUCUUUUAUUGCCCAUUUGUAGGUCCUAGAGUAGAAAUCCUUGAAGGCAAGUCAACAUCACAGAACCAGACCGUGACCAUGAGGAUUCCUCUGUUCUUCAAAUCGCUUCUGCUGAGCAUCCCGGUCGGUGUCACGUUCUUUGAUUGUGUUGGCUACGUUGCCCGUGUGGAGGGGGUCUCGAUGCAGCCGGCACUGAAUCCCGACGGAAGUCCGGCGACCGAUUAUGUGUUCUUGUCCCGGUGGGCCGUCCGAAAUAUGGAAGUCGAUCGGGGCGAUGUCAUAUCGCUGGUGUCUCCCAAGGAUCCCGGUCAGAAGAUUAUCAAACGAGUGGUCGGUCUGCAGGGCGAUGUCAUCUCAACACUAGGCUAUAAGGUUCCCUACGUGAAGGUGCCAGAAGGACACUGCUGGAUAGAAGGAGAUCAUACAGGAAAUUCGUUGGACAGCAAUUCGUUCGGUCCAGUUUCGCUAGGGCUGAUAACGGCCCGAGCAACUCAAAUCGUUUGGCCGCCAUCCCGUUGGCAAGUGUUGCAAUCACAGGUUCCGAAAACACGGCACCCAAUAUCGCUUGGAAAAUCCAACAGUAGCAACGGUAACAACAAUCAAACGCUGCAAGCCCAAGAGAAGGCAUCCUAAAUCCCACUAAAUCGUGCAGUUUCUUGGAAAUUGUCACUGUUUUUUUUUUGUAAAUAUGAACUUAACAGGGACGUCUUGGAAAAACCGGUUUGAUCA